AUGAAAGGGUUAGACCAAUGUGAUAAACACCGGAAAGUUCUAAAAUUCUUCUGCGAAGAUGAAAAUCAGCUCUGCUGCAGUACCUGUGCUGUUGUUGAACAUCGAAAAUGUCACAGCGUUGUUGACAUUCUAAAGGUCGCUGAAAGAUCAACCUAUGGAAGUUCAACUUUAAAGGUUAAAUUGGAGGAAGUGAGACAGAAGGCUAACAAUAUCGUAGACAGCAUUGUCUCAUCAAAAGAGAAACUAGACGAAGAUGCUAAAGAAAUACCAGUAAAAAUCAGACGAAUGCGGGACGAAGUAAUGAAAAUGUUUGACGAGUCGGAAAUUUCCGUUGUUAAAGACGUUCAAUCGUUUCAGAAAGAGACAUUAGAAAAGCUGACAUUGAAGCAGUCACAGAACGAGAAAUAUCUAGCUGAUAUAACGACGUGUCUGGAAAUCAUUGACAACGUGUAUCAGAAUGGAACUAUGGUACAACAGUUUAUAAUAGAGCAGAAGUUGAAGAAUGACGCCAAUGUUCUUCACAAAAAUGUCGGUGCAGAAUGUAAAGGUUUAGAGCCCAUUACUGUAACCUUUGAUUUUGAUGAAACAUUAAAAAUUCCUCCGCUGCCAGUCACUGAUUAUGUUCCAGGACAACUGACUCUAAAAUGUUGUCUGUCAAAGGAAGCAAAUACUAUAGUUCCUGUUAAGAAAACAAUGAUACUUACACCAGUGAAUUCCAUUGAUUUAAAGCAGAAAGGGGAUGAUGUAAAAGAGCCAUUGUAUGCAGGGAUUGAUUUCUUACCUGAUGGUAGACUUGUUGCUGUUGAUAAUAAAAACAAGAAAUGUUUAGUUUACAACGAGAAGCUUGAGAAAGUAGGAUCAUAUCAAUUAUGUUACCAGCCACUAUCUGUUGUUGCUGUAUCUGAGGAUGAAGUAGCGAUAACAAGUCCCGCUGCAUUAAAGUUAGACAUUCUACAUGUUAACAAAUCUAAUGAUAUAACUUUAGAUAGAACAAUCAAAGUGACAACAGUAUAUGGCUCAAUAUGUCUAAAAGAUGAUAAACAUUUUGUUGCCGGGACAAUAGAGCAUUCAACACCUGUUCGUAUUAUAUCAUCUACAGGAGGGGAGAAAGAUUUCAACAUCAACUUUCCGAAUAAGUCAUAUCCUAUAGGGAAAGGCGCUUGUACUUACAUAAGGAGCAGUGACAAAAUGGUGCUUACAGAUAAAAACGAUGAUACUGUCUACAUAUAUGACGUCAAGACAAACACGAAAGUCGUGGUGAAGGAUGAUCAGAUAAAGGAACCACGUGGUGUAACAGUUGGCCCCUAUGAUACUAUCCUAGUUUGUAGUAAAGAAACAAAUUCUAUUGUACAGAUAUCACAAACAGGUCAGAUCUUAUCAUCACACAAGACAGACACGAAAUUUCCGAAUAUUGCAUGUGUCUCACAUGAUAAAUCAUUUCUUGCAGUAACAAACACAUGUAACGGUAAGAGAAAACUACAGAAGUUUAAGAUAUCAUAUUGA